GCGAACUCUUUUAUUCAGCAAUGGAUCAACCUGCUACCAGCAUUAUGAGACAACGAUUCCGUUUUUUUAUUAACUAGACAAAGAUAGACUGAUUAUCAUUGAUCAAUCAUUGAAUAAAAGAAUGCGCCUUUUCUGUGUACGCUCAGCUGUAAACUGACACAAAAUUGACGUACAUAACCUAUAAGCUUGACAUUUCAACAAUGGCAACAAAAAAAAACAAUAAUUUUUUUCAAUUUUCCAAAUAUUUAAAAUUCUAAAAAAAAAAGUCCGUAUAGUUUUCGUCUGCACGUGUAAAGUCGAACUCCAUUCGCUAUGGAUUUCGGCCGGCAAAGGGACUUUUCCGAAUUCUACGACCAACUAAACGAACUGAGGGCGAAAUUUCGCAACUGGGAUAGCUGCGAAAAAACUGUCGCCCUGUACUACAUGAUGGUCGGAUUGCCUUUUGCCAACGCAAAGUUUCUACAAAACUCCUUGAACCAACUGGUGAGUACCAUCACCACUUCGGAAACGCAACUUAUGGAGCUGCACGCCAAUGAUCCAGAGGUGAUUAGAAACUUUUUAUCGGAAAAUCCUCAAUCUGCUCUUUGUUCCUUAUUAAAUCACUUACCUUUGCUAAGGCCUGGCAAUAAGAAAGCAGCUCGAUGCUAUUUGGACACCAUUCAAAGGAUUUUAACAGAAUUUAUAACCCCACCAUUCAAAAAAAUUUAUAAUGAAUGUGUUGAAAUCAUGUCCUACGUUUAUAUUCAUCCAGCAUUUGAUAAAGAAGACAAGACAACUUUCAAGCAUCUAUUGAAACAAGUCUUAAACAAAGUAACCCCAGAAAACUUCAUUCAUUCACCUGUAAAUGAACCAGUUGAAGAUUUUUGUGAAAAUGGCAAAAAACGAUCAAAUAGUCAACCAUAUCUAACUGAUACAGAAAGUUGGUCUUCACAAGAAAAUUUAGUGCAAUCUUUUCAAAAACCAAGAAGUUUUUCCUUGUCUUGUGAAAAAAACAUUAUCCCCCCUACAAAUAUCCAAUUGAGCAGAUCUGAAAGUAAGUUGGAAGAAAUUUUACGAAACAACUACCAUUUAAUGAAAAGCAUAACAUCUUGGCUCAAAUCUUUAAGAUUACACAAAUACAGUUACAUUUUUCACGAUCUAACACCAAACCAAAUGCUUAAUAUAAACGAAGACUACUUAACAAGUGCCGGAGUAACCAAAGGAGCCAGACAAAAACUACUAAUAAGUCUACAAAAACUAAAAAACAGACGAAAACUAUUAUUAGAUUUGGAAUACGGCCUCACAAACAACAUGGAUGUAUAUGAAGCCCUAAAAGAACUAAAAAGUGUUCUACAAAGCCCCAUGCAAAUCUCCUCAAGCGACGAUUUAUGUUCCUUAUUUGUAAAAGUAAUGGGCAAAGCUUGUAGCCAACUACUAAUGCUCAGACAACCAAACGACGACAUUUUCCUUUUAUUCAACUCCUUAUGUGACAAAGCAAACUCACUAGAAUCUUUUACUGCAGAACAAAAAAGGAAGCUAAACAUGUGGAAAGAACAAUUAGAUGCAAGAAAUGUGUUUAUUUCGUGUCCUCAAAAAAUAUCAGGACGUAAAAGCCGAAAUCAAAUAAAAAAUCAUGUCUUUGAAAUCUCUAUGCAAGAAAAUAAUGCCCAUAAGAGUUCGUCGUAUCCAAACAUGCAAGUGAACACAAGUUUAUCCAUGCACAGACAUUCUGUUGAUAGUGUAACGUUGCAAAAUCAACUUGUACAUAUUGCACAGCCGGUUAGCAAGAGAAAAGAGCGGGAAGUGACUACUACAAAAAAUAAUUGUGAUAUUGAAAAUAGUCUUGAAUCUUUAUGUAUACAAAUGAUGGAGCACGCUUUGGGGCCCUAAUUUAUUUUUAAGUUUUGUGUGACGAUGUUUUUUGAAAUGUUUUUUACUUCUAUAUGUAUCUUUGUCAAUAACUGUAUUGAUGUAGGUAUCGAGAUACCGUUUGUUUUUUUUUUAUUUUAUUUGUGGUUUUAAACAGGUGUUAUUGCCAUGUUAGACAAUUGGAAGAUGCUUUAUUUAUUUUUAUUAUUGUUAGUAAGACGUGAAAUCUCUAUUUGAAGAUUAAAAAGUGUUUCAAUCUUGAAUAAACUUGUUUGAUUUGUUUUGUUUUCUAACUUUUUAAAUUAUAACAGUUUUUUAAUUUUUUGCUCUAAAAACGAUUUAGAUUUUGAUAUAUAGUUUUUCCAAAGUCAAUUGGAACAAGGUGAACAUAAAUCAUAACUGGUGGCAGUGCAUUUCUUAUGGAAAUUUUCAGUGACCAGUCAGCCACCAGUUGAUACUUUAUUCCAAUUGAGUUUGGAAAUACUAUACCUACUUAUUUGCAAAUUAAUUCUUAAAAAUUCCUGUGAUUCAAACGCGCGCCAAAACGAUGUAACGUCAUUACAUGACGGUGUUGUCAAGUAAUCGUAUACCUAAAGUACAAUUUUGUCUAUUUAGAACUUUUUUCUCGAUUUUCUCCUCUCUUUUUCUCAAUUUUUAUCUAUUC